GUUAUUUGCAGGUCUUUGUUAACCAAAUGUCAUCUUGUACACGAAAAACAUUUAUCAAGUCGUGAGGCUUAAAUUUUGACACUGUCCGGUACACGGAAGUAUAACAGAACUUAUCAGAGGUCCGGUAUUGCUCUGCUUAGAAACUUUUCCAGGUAUUUUUGUCUCUGGAGAUGUCAAAAGAGCUCUUGUCGUUUUGAGAAAGUUAUUUUUUACACGUCCUCUCCUAGAUCCGUUGACAUUACUGAAUCUUGAGUCCGGUAACUGUUGCUGUGUGUUAUUCUUCAGAUGCGUUACUUUCUUUCUUUCUUGAUUUAGAAGAAUGCAUUUUGUCGCAAAGGGAUCGAAAUCAGCUUAGCAGAAGCCAAAGUAACCCUAACCUUACACAGUUGUGGUUAUUCGCACGGCUCUUGACCUUUCAUUCAUGGUGGUGUGGGUGUGUAGUGUUGUGGUUGCGCCAGCGGCAAAGUGAAUGUGAACAAGCCAUCAUCUUUAACACAACAAAAUUAUAAAAUUUGUCACGGAAGGCUGUUUUUUCUUUUCUUGAAGAGAGCAUUCUGUAAGAAAUGGCUGCUGACAAGCGCCGAAAACGCAAACCUGUCCGGCAAUACUUUUCAACACCAAAAAAGGGUUGCAGGACUUAUGGAGCCAACAAGAAAUGGCGUUGUAAUGCUUCCCGACCAAAGUGUAGCAGCACUGAAGGUGACCUUAUUAUUUCAACGCCGCUCCAAGAAAGAGCUCUUGCUGAAGCUCUUUGCUCACAAUGCAAUUAUGUGGAGAAGCCAAAAGUUAAUUGUUUGUCACUAUUUGAUGGACUGUCAGCUGGGCUUUUUGUACUCUUGAAUAGAUUGGGUCUAGAUGUAGGCAAUUAUUUUUCUUCGGAAAUUGAUGAAGAUGCAACUAAAGUGCAAACAUUUCACUUCUUUGAAGAAAUAACAAAAGUGGGUGAUGUAAGAAAUUUGUCUACCUACCACCUAAAAAAAUUUGGUGCAGUUAAUCUCCUUCUUGCUGGGAGCCCGUGCAACGAUGUGAGCCGCGUUAAUCCUUUACGCAAACUACUAUAUGACCCGGAUGGAACUGGAAUAUUGUUUUUUGAAUUUAUAAGGAUUAGGAACUACUUAAAUGCUGCGGCAAUGGAAGGAGGCUAUGAGUUUUUCUGGUUGUUUGAAAAUGUAACAAACUUAGAUGCUGAUACACUUCAAGAUAUGAAUAGCUUCCUUGGCUGCACGCCUAUCAAAAUGAUACCGGCUAGCUCAACAAGAGAGCGUUACUUUUGGGGGAAUGUGCCUGGUAUGAAAGAGAAGCAUAUGGACAUCCGAGUUAACUUUGUGCCCUUGCAGAGCUUUCUUGAUCCGGGGCGAACUGCUGGCAUUGACUUACUUGGAACCAUUACCACAUCCUCUUCAAGUACCAAAAGGAAAGGAACUGGUUGUGAUGCUGUAGUCUUUCAAAAUGGAGAACCCUCUGAACUGCACCUGACUGAAAUAGAAAAGAGUCUAGGGUUUCCAUCUCAUUUUACCGAUGUGAAUCUUCCCUAUACUCGCAGAUUGAAGCUGUUAGGGAAGACAUGGGACAUUGAUAUUGUACAAGAUAUUUUAGAACCAUUGUGCACAUUGUUCAGAAAGAAGGCCGUUCUGGAAACUUGAUACAUAUAUUAGACACUGAUGAUUCAACAAUAUCGGUCAAAGCUUGCAGCAUGGGCAUUAGUUACUUCAAAUGAUGUACACACUCUUCAAAGAGUGGUUAACGAUGGGCUGCCUACCUGCCAGGCACUCUUUAUAAAGUUUUCAUCGAAAUCGAUUAAAGAAAAUUUCCAUCUGAGGGCAUUUUAAAAAAAGCAUCCCCUUAAUUUUGCCCGACAGUGUAUUGACUUAUCUUUUUGGUGUUGGUGGGUCUUUUCAAAUUGUCACUUAGUCAGCUACUUAGCAUUGCUAGCUGCAGUUUUCUUUUCUGUUCACAUAUUUGACUUUGUUUCAACUGUUACCCUCUGUUUUGGUUUUGUACUUUGGUAACCUGCCUGUAAGACUUAAAAGCCUUUGCUUCAGGGCUGCAUUUUGAUUCAGAUUGUCUUUUAAUACAUUGCAUCUGCCUGUUGCUUUUUUUCUCUGCGGUUUCUUGUACUGCAACUGACUCGGAUCCUUAAUAAACCCAUAUUUUGCAAUGAAUGUAAGCUGGUCACAAGCAGUCAGACAGUAGCAAGUAACUAAAUGUUUGUCAUUGUCAUAUUAUUUUUCUGUUGAAUAAAAAACAGGAGUAACUUGCUUUAAUUAUGAGUUUUUUCAGGUUUAAUUUUGCUGGAGAGAUGCAUUGAGCAAAAGCCUGUAAUUUCCCAUUAUAAUUUUAGAGCCCAUUGCAUUGCACACUCUUCAGUUGAAUGUUCUGUCAUUCACAGAGGCUUGCCGUUAUUUUUAAUUAUUUUGGACACUGUUCACAUUGGCUUCACAUUUUCUACUGACUGUCACUUAUGUAUAUUGAUCAACAUCGACACCUUGGCUUCAUUCUCCAUGUCAAAUAUGCUGCUGCUACGUUGUGUUAUAAUAAGCUUGUAUUUUUACAGCUUCACCAGAAGGGGUCUAAAAGCAUCUUUGACGAGCCCAUUCUGACCUUGAGCUUUGCUGCAACUGCUAGCUUUCUCUGCUGUCUCUGCAUUGAAAGCUAAGUUUCUGAACCCUUUGGUCCUGGCUGCCUGUCCAUUCAAUUGCAGUGUUUUGUUAAUAUUAACUUAAUCUCCCAUCUUCUACUUUUAUUUUUGGCAUUGUUCUUCAAAUACCUGCGUUGCUAAGGAUUUUCUUUUCAAUGCUGAAGUAGAGACAUUUCUUUAAUUUAUUUCCCGCCAUGAUCAUAUCUUAAUUUUCCUGCAAAUUGCUCAUCUUAGAAUUGGGUUUUUAGGGAGGAAAGAUUUUUUUGUGUGGUUGCAACAGCCGAGGCUGUACCCUUAUAGUCCUAGAGUCCACUUGCCCCUUUCGUUGUUCCUCUCUCCUAAAGUGUCUUGUUUUUUUUUUGUUCUUUUUUUUUGUUUCAGACUUGUAGCAUGGAUUGAGUGUGCCGUUUCGUCUAGUAAAGUUUGGCAGUCUUUCACGAUCCUCUUCUGACAACUUGCUGGGCAGUCCGAGCAUGGAGAGCUUUGUUAUCAUCUUUGAAGACAGCAUUGUGGACAUCUGUAUCACGAAGGCAUUCCCUCUGGGCCAAUGUAUGCGGGCGCACGUCCUCUGGGCCAAUGUAUGCGGGCGCACGUAUGCUGGGUACUCAUCUUUGAAGACAGCAUUGUGGACAUCUGUAUCACGAAGGCAUUCCCUCUGGGCCAAUGUAUGCGGGCGCACGUCCUCUGGGCCAAUGUAUGCGGGCGCACGUCCUCUGGGCCAAUGUAUGCGGGCGCACGUAUGCUGGGUACUGUCACACUUGGCCCUUGAUUUCAAUUUGUUAGUAACUGCUGUUUCUUUAAAUGAUUCCAUUUCAUAGUUAAUAUUAAGAGACUCAGUUUAGGGUAGGCUGAUCUGAACCAGUUCCUGAAUAUGCGUUGUGUUCAUUCACCUACCUGAGAGUCUCAAGUUCAAAUAUGUGAAGGAAUAUUUCAUGCUCCCACCUCUCAAAAGGAGCCCAGAUCAUAACAGCUUGAGAAAAUAGAAUACC